AUGCAAAAAACAACUAGGAUCAAUUCGUUAGGGAGAAAAUCAGUCGUCGAACAUAAACCACCGACAAUGUCAUCAAGCAAUGCUCGGAGAACUAGUACCAUGAAUGAAAAAGUCUCUCCAUAUGCUAGUCAACAAAAACAGCAAUCCAAUCAAGCUCCAAAGUACAAUAGAGGACAAUCUACUCCGGUGCUGUCAUCAUCAUCACAAAGUCUUAGAAAUCAAAAUGAACAUUAUUCACGAUCAUCUACUCCACAACAACACAAACUACCGAGUAAUCAAGAAUCCUUCUCCCGAAAUGAUCAUGAAAUUUCAGAUGAAAAGGGUUUGAACGGAGAAAAAUCCAUAACAAUUACCUUGUUGACAAGUUUUUUAUCAGAGGGAGAAAAAUGUUUGAAAAAUCGAAAUUGGGAGAGAGGAAUUAUAUCAUUCACAAAAGCGUUGGAGUAUGAUCCUUCAAACAAGUAUGCAUUUGUGUGUCGUUCAAAAUGUCACAUGAAUUUGGGAGCGUUUGACAAGGGAAUUGAAGAUGCAGAACAAGCAUUAGAAAUAGACCCAACCUAUCAUCGAGCAUAUUUGGCCAAAGCUGAGUGUUUAUAUGCGUCAGGAAAGUUUGAAUAUGCCCUAGUUUACUAUUAUAAAGGAUAUGAUUUGCGAAAAGAUAUUGAGGAUUUUAAGAAGGGAAUUCGGAAAGCAAAAAUUGCAAUCAACGAAUCCAUUGAACAAGACGAAAUUGACAGAAACAUCAAAAACAUGAAACAACCAUUAUACUGCCGAGUGAGCACCGCUCGAACAAUGCUCUCUACUGGUCGACCUUCGUCAGCAAAGUCUACAAGGUCUGUCACAAGCACAACCACAUACAAAUCUAAUAUGCACUCUGUGACCAUUCCCUCCUCGAGAAGAGUAGUGUCGCCAAGAGAGGUCUUUCAAGGAGGCAAGACAAGUGUCUCACCUCCCCCAAGCUCGAUAUUGUCAAGGCCUUCCUCUGCAAGGCAUGUCUCAUCUCAAUCGAAUACUUCUCGAGGAGGAACAGGUCCCUUUGGUAGACCUCAGUCUGCAGGACCCACACGAAAUGGAUCACAACCCUUCUCCAAUUCUCAACCAUCUAGUAACUCCUCAAAACGACCCAUUUCUGCAUCCAACUCCAUGCAAUCCAAAGACGUCAAUCAAGCCAACACUAAUUCUAUUUUAAACACAAGUGGAAACGUUUCAGCACGCUCGACGUAUUCCUUCUCUCGACCACCUUCUUCCCAAAGACCAAAGAGUGCUACCACCACAAGAAAAGAAAAGUAUUUACUUGGAGAAUUUACCAAAGACGAAGAGUACCUGAGCGCAUUGCUCACCGAUAAGACUUUGAGAAAAUCCAUGUCAGGAGAUCCUUCUAAAAAACCACUCUCAGACAUUACCAACAUUGUACAAGAUACCUUAGAAUUUUUAGACAAGAGAAAAGAAUUUUGGAGACACUCUAUAACAACGGGAUCCACCACGUCAGCCAUUCACGUCACACCCACUACUCCAACUCCCGUACAUGCAAGCUCGUUUAAUCCUUUCAGAAAAGACUUUUUCCACAACACUUCGACGGCAUCUUCAUGUGCGCGACCGAAAUCAGCAAAUGCAGUCAUGUCAUUCAAAGGAAGUUCUAGUCACAACUCGGCCCUGCUUUCCACUGCUAACAAGUACUCGUUAUUCGUGUAA